GUAACCGGAAACCUUCAAAGAAUCAAGAGUUCAUAGUAGAGAAUCAGAGCAGUUCAGAGAGGUUUGCGCUGCGGUUUUAUUGUAUAUGUGUGUGAAUGAGCUGUAUUGUGUACUUUUGAGAGAGAAUCGGUAGAAAUAGAGCAUGAGCGCCCAUCACGAGUCGGAGCCGAAGCUGUACCGCUACAGCAGGACGGUUUGCGGUGUCUUCACUCAGGUCCUGUGCGCGCUGUUCAGCGUCUUCAUCACUGUUCUGAGCAGACCUGGGUCCAGUCUGUUCUCAUGGCAUCCGUUUCUGAUGACCCUCGCUUUCUCCUUCUUCAUGACCGAAGCCAUUCUGCUGUUCAACCCUUAUUCCUCUCCCAUCAAGAAGCUGAAGCACAAGACUAAAGGCCGCUUGCACUGGAUCCUGCAGGGUUUGUGUGUUUGCUGCGCGGCUGCAGGUCUGGCCGCCAUCUUUUACAACAAAAGCCUGAACGACAAGCCUCACUUCACCUCAUGGCACGGGUUGAUAGGAGUGUUAACGGUCUCUGUCGUGGGGCUGCAGUCGCUCGGAGGGCUUCCGCUCCUCUAUCCCAAACUGGCCAAAGGCUGGUCGCUGGCUAAACUGAAGCGCUACCACGCCGCCUCCGGUUUACUCACGUACCUGCUGGGCAGCUUGAGCUUGUUUCUCGGGCUGUGUUCGGCGUGGUUCAGCAGCAGCGUGAGCGGGUACGUCUGGUACCUGGCUGUCCUCUGUCCCGUUCUGUGCGCUCUGGUCGUUAUGAAUCAGGUAACGAAUGCUUACAUGGCCCGCAAACCAAUGCAGUACUGAAACAAGACACUCAAGGCUUGCAAACCUGGAAUGAUACAGACAUUUAAGUGGACCAGAGUUGGAAGUUACUGAGCUAAUUUUAUUGUUAAUUAUGUAAACGUUCUUUAAAACAUUUUUAUAACAGGUUUAUAUUCUUGAAAGCAUUUCAGUUGUGUUGCUAGCAUGUAUUUGGUGCAAAUAUCUUUGGAAAUGACUAAAGGCAACUCAUUUUUCUUAAAUGCAAGGAUCAAUGUGUUUAUUAAAUUGUUAUAGUUUUUAUGCAUUUAUUUUUUUCAUUCAUCAGUGCCAGUCUACCCAUUUCUGUUCAAUUAAACAAUUGCCGAUCAUGCAUGAAAA